AUGGCGCAAGCUGGUCCGACGGGGGCGGUGGGAAGGUUGAAGUCUUCCUUUGAGGAUGCGAUGCUUGCUCGGAAAGAUUCAACGGCCUCAACAAACUCAUCAGCUUACUCUGCCUAUUCGAAUGCUUCCAAUUCCUCGCGGCUCGAUGCCUCAAUUCGCAACAGCCCCGUCACUUCGGGAGUGUCCUCUGCCUAUAUCCAGCACCGCAAGACUAGUGGACACAAGAGAGGCAUCAGCGAGGCAAUCGAGAUAUAUCAAGCCCCGUCUCAGAUGGAUGAAGGUAGUAUAGAGAACAGCCCAGAUUAUGUCUAUCGCAGCAUGCGACAUUCCCUAAGACCAUUACCACAACCCCCAAAUACCUCAUCGUCUCCAACCUCGAGUCGCUAUCGAUCUCCACAGCACGUGCGAAAUAACACUGUCGACCACAUAACACCUCUUGAAUCCGAGAACCUAACACCUGGAUCAAAAUCACCACUCUCCUCUAUCGAACCUGAAGCCAAUUCUCCACGCCCUCACUUCCAUCAUUCCCAUGCGGCUCCGCACAAUUCAACAUUUCUCGCUCCCGAUUUGCAAGAACUGAAGAAGUCAUCGACCAGCCACUUGAAAGCCUUGUCUAAAUUCGCACAAACCAGCGAUAACGAUGAGUUCUCCCUAUCAACACCAGCACCUUCGGUCGUCGGCCUCCAUAAUCGAAGACAACUCAAACGCACAGAUUCUCCUCGCCAAGGUGCUAGGCAACGUAAUUAUGGGUUUGGCGAAAGGAAUUGGAUGGAUAAGCAGCGUCAGUUUCUUCAAGCCUAUGAAUAUCUCUGUCACAUUGGCGAAGCAAAAGAAUGGAUCGAAGACAUCAUACAUCAAUCUAUACCACCGAUUGUUGAGCUCGAGGAGGCCUUGCGAAACGGUGUGACUCUAGCUGAGAUCGUCCAGGCUUUUCACCCUGACCAGCGUCUGCGUAUCUUCUGUAACACAAAGCUACAGUUCAAGCACUCCGACAACAUCGUCUUGUUCUUCCGUUUUCUCGAAGAUGUCGGAUUGCCGGAGCUGUUCAGAUUCGAACUUAUCGAUCUAUACGAGAAAAAGAAUAUCCCCAAGGUCAUAUAUUGUAUUCACGCUCUGUCAUGGCUGCUCUACAGAAAAGGAAUGGUCGACUUUCGAAUUGGCAACCUGGUUGGUCAGCUCCAAUUUCAGGACCAUGAAUUAGAACAGACUCAACGUGGUCUCGAUAAAGCUGGUAUCAGUAUGCCCAGCUUCCACGGUAUGGGUGCAAGCUUCGGUGCUGAGCCUGAGCCGGAACCUAUCGAGACGGAAGAGGAAAGAAUUGAUCGCGAACUACACGAGAACGAAGCCGUCAUUGCAGAUUUACAGACUCAGAUGCGAGGCGCACUGGUUCGCAUGCGACUUGGUGACCUGAUGAGCGUCAUGUGGGAUCAUGAGCACAAGAUCGUUGAGCUUCAGGCCAUGAUACGAGGAGAUUGGACCAGACAGGUCUCUAACUACAGGCUCGAUAUGCAGCGCUUUGCCACCUCCCUGCAGGCCGCUACCCGAGGCUUUCUACGCAGACAGAAAGACGUAGCUAGACACCAAUUCUGGCAGUCGAAGCAAGACGAUGUGCUCAAGAUCCAGAGCUUGUAUCGUGCAAAUCGUGCUCGUAAGCAAGUUCACCAACUGAAAACAAUGGUAAGCCACCAUGAUCAAGGUGUUCGCAACAUCCAGUCUGCUAUGCGAGGCCUUCUGGCUAGAAAGACAGCUGCGCGGCAAGUCCAAGCUGUGCAACGAUCAGAAAGGAAGGUAGAAUCUCUUCAAUCCGGUAUUCGUGGUCUACUCAUCCGAAGACAAAUAGCCCACCAGCAUCAACAACUGUCACUUCUGGAACCGCAAGUAACUCGGUUGCAAGCAGCGAUUCGUGCAAUGUCUCAAAGAGACCAUAUUGCUCUACAUCUCGAACGUCUCCACAGUAUGUCUUCGAUAUGGACAGCCCUGCAGAGUGUCGUUCGAGCCCGACAGGUCCGGAUGAGUAUAAAAGCCACAAAGAAACAGCUUCUGAGCCAUUCGCACCAAUUUGUCAGGCUCCACACUCACAUCAGAGCUGGGUUUGCGAGAGAUGCUCAUCACGCCUUGCUGUCUGCUCUCACGGCAGAGGCAGCUUCCAUCGUCUCACUGCAGCACCACGUCCGCGCAUUUCUUGCACGACAACGACUUGCUGACCUGCACGCUCAGCUGCAGCUUCAGCAGCCUUCUAUCAAAAAGCUGCAAGCCGUUGUUCGAGGGCUGCUCUGCAGACACAGAAUUGGUCAGGAUCUGUCUGACCUCCAUUUGCAAGAAGAUUCCAUCACCUACAUUCAGGCAGCAAUUCGUGCCACUUUGUGCAGGGGUAGGGUUGGGGACUUACUAAGCGACCUUGAAGAACAAGAAGAUCCUGUUGUACUUUUGCAAGCAGUAAUUCGCGGAAGACGCAUCCGAGCACGGUUUGCUGAAAAGAAAAGAUUCUACAAGGAGAACAUGGAGAAAGUCGUGAAGAUUCAAAGCGUCAUUCGGGCUAAGAUACAAGGUCAAGCCUACAAAAAUCUUACAUCCGGUAAAAAUCCACCUGUUGGUACAUUGAAGGGCUUCGUGCACUUGCUCAACGACAGCGAUUUCGAUUUUGAAGAAGAAAUUGAGUUUGAAAGACUGCGCAAGACUGUGGUCCAACAUGUUCGACAAAACGAGCUUGCGGAUCAAUACAUUCAACAAUUGGACAUCAAGAUCGCCUUGCUUGUGAAGAACAAGAUCACUUUGGACGAGGUUGUCAAGCAUCAAAGACACUUCGGUGGUCAUGUUGGCUUGCUCCUACCGAACUCUGAUAUCUCAUCAAAAGAUCCAUCUGACCUGAAGGCUUUGAACAAAGCUUCAAGACGUAAGCUCGAGCAUUACCAAGAGCUCUUCUUCUUGCUUCAAACUCAACCUCAGUAUCUUUCUCGUUUAUUUAGAAGGAUACGGGAGCAGGCGACUUCUGAAAAAGACUGCGAGCGUAUCAAGCAUCUUGUCCUUGGUCUUUUCGGCUACUCACAGAAACGGCGAGAAGAGUACUAUCUGCUCAAGCUUAUUGUCCGAUCCAUGAGGGAGGAGAUCGACUACAUAUCUGACCUCGAAGAGUACUUGCGCAUGAGUGCAUUCUGCAACCGAGUCUUCUCCGCGUAUACAAAAUCUCCGCGCGACAGAAAGUUCCACCGUGACUUGCUGAGCGGGCUUGUAAAGAAGAAUUUCAUUGAUAACAAGAGUCUCGACCUCGAAGGUGAUCCGCUACAAAUAUACCUCUCAGCUAUUAGCAACGAGGAAUUGUGUACGGGCCAACGGAGCAGGAGGGAUCCCAACAUACCGCGUCAACAAGCAAUUAAGGAUCCUGAGACGAGACAAACCUUCAUCUCGCACAUGCAAGAUCUUCGCGAUAUCACAGAUCAAUUCUUCUUGAGUUUGGAGGACUUCCUGAACCGGAUACCUUUUGGUGUCAGAUAUGCCAUGCAACAAAUGCAUGAUGCACUAUGCAUCCGCUUCCCACAAGAGGACCCGUCGUUCGUUUUGCAGACAGUUGGUCAGUGGUUAUGGCGAAUGUAUCUGCAACCUGCUUUGCUUGAGCCCGAAAAAUCCGGCGUUGCAGAUAGGGCUAUGACACAGGAGCAGAAGAAGAACCUCGCAGUUGUGGCUAAAGUUCUCAAUCAAGCUUCGCUCGGACGAGAGUUUGGCAGUGACAAUGACUACCUACAGCCUCUCAACAAUUACAUCAGGGAAUCUUCCAAUCGACUUCUUACUAUGUGGCAACAUGUUGUGAAUAUAGCAUCAGCCGAAGAGCACUAUGACAUUGAUGAGUUCAAUGAUUUGUACGCCAAGCAGAAGCCGACGCUGUAUAUUAAGAUGGCCGACAUCUUUUCCAUCCAUCAGCUAGUCUCAUCAGAAAUUGCUUCCAUAUGUCCGAAUCCAGAUGAUGUGCUUCGAGAAUCUCUUCGCGAAUUGGGCAGUGUAAAAAGCAACGAGUCAGACUUGAUGAAUGUCAGCUCCGGAGAGAUUAUGCUGACACUAACCCCGAAAUACCUCGAUUCUCAGGAUCCUGAUUCUGACAUCAAAGCUCUCUUUACAGAGACAAAGAGAUGUGUCUUGUACAUUAUUCGUAUACAGGCAGGUACUAGUCUGUUGGACAUCCUGGUCAAGCCUGUAACCCUCGAGGACGAGCAGAAGUGGGAAGAUCUCGUCCGCGACGAGUUGAGUGCAACAAGCACCAAGAGGGGAGCGUAUGCUGAGCUCUCCAAUACACUCGACUUCACGACGUUGUCCUACCCCGAUCUGAAACGCAUAGCGCUGGAGAACGUACUGCAACUAGAAGCCAUAGGCCGGCUUAGUCGAUCUAAUCAAUUCCAAGACCUGCUCAAUGAGAUCGCCGUGGACAUCAGAACCAAACAUCGUCGACGAUUGCAGCGACAGCGAGAGCUGGAUAACGUGAAGACAACACUGCAAAGAUUGAAUGAACAGACUGUCUACCUCGAGCAACAACUCAAAACCUACAACGACUACAUUGAGCAAGCAAUGGUGACAUUACAAAACAAGAAGGGCAAGAAGCGUUUCCUCUUGCCUUUCACAAAGCAAUGGGACCAUGAGCGAGAGCUACAACGAUCUGGACGAUCCUUUAAAUUCGGUUCCUUCAAGUACUCCGCCAGAACUCUGGCUGACAAAGGUGUACUUGUGCAUUGGCGUGGUUAUACCGAACAGCAAUGGUUCCGUGUCGAUAUCACCAUUUCUUCGAAUGAAGUGGGUGUCUUCACUAUCGAAGGAUCUAGUGGUAAUAUGAUGUUACCUGGUGCCACAGCUCAAGUACCGCUGGACGAUCUGCUAGGCGCCCAGUUCGAGAACAAGCAGUUCUUGGAAUUCUUUGAGGGUCGAUCCCUCAGAGUCAACGUCAAUUUAUUCCUUCAUCUGAUCAUGAGAAAAUUCUACAACGAAUGA